AUGAUCGAAUACAUCCGUCGUUUCGAACGUGGCUGCCUCUACGCCCCAUUCAUCGCUCGAGACGCCGAAGAAAAGAAGAACCAUUUCAUUCGUGGCCUUCAACCAGAAAUCCGUAGAGACAUUCGUAUGUCCGACGCCUCAACUUUCCGCCAACUCGUAGCCAAAGCACUUAUGGCUGCCCAAGACGAACGAGACAUUCAAAACAACCGCCGACCACAAGGAGUUACUCAACGACCAUGGAAAAAGAACAAUUUUGGCAACCGCCCAUUCCGAGGAAAAGGAACGCAGCCCAUUCGCCAAACAACCGGACCACCGCCACCGCCGCCAAGGCCAACCUGCCCGAAGUGUGGAAAGAGUCACUCCGGAGAAUGCAUACAAGGAACAAGGAGUUGCUUUCGAUCCCAUCAGCCCGGACACAUGGUGAAAGAUUACCCGAAACCCCCACCGAACGUCCCCGGCCGAGUGUUCGCCAUGACUUAA